AUGGCCAAUGUACACGGACUUUUCAGCGGUCGCAACAAUGAUGAUUCAGACGAAGAUGAUUCCAACAACCGCUUUGUAGGAGGCAUUUCUGAUCGCGGAGGUGGCAGUGGUCUCGCUGUGGAACCCAACCAUGGGGAUGCUCCCAAUCCCGACGGUAUUUUCCAACGCGCCGAACAAGCAGGUGCUGCCGAUGAGGCUGGAGAGGAGUCCCGUCGCACCAUUACCAUGUACCGGGAUGGCUUUGUGGUGGACGAUGGUCCCUAUCGUCGACUCGAUGAUCCGGCCAAUGCCGAAUUCCUCCGGGCACUUGCCACGGGACGUACGCCUCCCGAAUUGGUGGAAGGAGUGUCGGGUGAUAUUACGGUUGGGUUGGUCGAUAAGCGAACCGAAGAGUUUGUCGAAGCCUUUCGGUCGUUUUCGGGAGCUGGGGCGACCUUGGGUGCUUCGAGUGCGGUCCAAGGAAAUACCGUGGAAGCAGCCAGCUUGCCGGCGGCUGUCGAGGUGGAUGCGGGUCGUCCUUCUACUUCGAUUGCGGUCCGAUUGCCCAAUGGACAGCGCAAGGUGGUCAAGGUCAAUUUGGAUUCCUCUGUCUUGCAAGUGGCGGCCAGUGUUCGACCACACUUGGGUGAUGAUGUGACUAGCUUUCGUUUGGUCUCGGGCUUUCCACCCAAGCCACUGGAAGACUUUGAAGCCACUGUGGAAGCAGCUGGGUUGAAGGGAGCUCAAGUACAGAUACAAAAGGCAUAA